AAAUCCAAGUGCAGCGAUUGGAAACUAGUCUCGAGGCACGCUCGGCGCAGCACGAGCACGAGGUGAAAGUAUUGAGAGCCGAUGUGUCGGACAAAAUCGUGAAAAUCGAGUCAUUGACUGAAGAAUUGGACGCCAAAAAAGCCGAAUUGGCCGAUUUCUCCAGUGCGCAACAGGAGGUCGCCAGUUUGCUGGCGGAGAG